UGACGUUCGCCGCGCUACGCGCGACGUCACGGGUCCGUGAGUAGUGGCGGCCGGGCUGCCCUCCGCGGCAGCGCCUGACUAGGGCGGUGCUGCAAUUGGGUGAGGCCUUCGGGGGUCGCCCGGCUCGCGAGGGGACGGCGAGGACGACAACCCGCAGGUCCGGCACCGUCAGCCCAGGAGUCCCCAACUCCCAUCCCUUCUCCGGCAUCUGGAGGCGCCCUGCUCUCGGCUUCCUCUUUUCUUGUCCAGCUUCUCCCGGGCCCGAGGGGCACCGAGUGACCCCGGCCUCCCGCUACAGACUGCGCGCCUGCCACCCGGUUCGGCCGGGUCUCCACUUGAAGGAGGGACGGGUCUGGCCCCCCGGCCCGCGCCCGACUCCUCGUGCGCCCCUCCGGCCCCUGGGGCCCACGGCCUCCCCCCAACGGGGGGCGCGGUGACAGGCCGCGUGGGACGGAGUGGUGGGCUAAGAGGCCGGCGGGGCCACUUUUCGGGCCUGCGGCUUCCCACGUCCCCGCGGAACGGCCGGUAGUAAAGAAUGCUGAUGGGAGAACCAUUUCCCUAAUUUUCAGAUUGUUGAGCUGGUUGCCAUGAUGGAUGACCAGCAAGCUUUGAACUCAAUCAUGCAAGAUUUGGCUGUUCUUCAUAAGGCCAGUCGACCAGCAUUAUCCUUACAGGAAACCAGAAAAACAAAAUCUUUAUCACCAAAAAAGCAGAGUGAUGUCCGAGUCAAAUUUGAACAUAGAGGAGAAAAAAGAAUCCUUCAGUUCCCCAGACCAGUUAAACUGGAAGACCUGAAGUCUAAAGCUAAAAUUGCCUUUGGACAGUCUAUGGAUCUACAUUAUACCAAUAAUGAGUUGGUAAUUCCAUUAACCACUCAAGAUGACUUGGAGAAAGCUGUGGAACUGCUGGAUCGUAGUAUUCAUAUGAAGAGCCUCAAGAUAUUACUUGUAAUAAACGGAAGUACACAGGUUACUAAUUUAGAACCAUUGCCAUCAUUAGAUGGUUUGGAUAACACAGUACUUGGAGGAGAGAGGAAAAAACGGCUUCCUAUAAUAGGUCCCACUAGUAGAGAUCAAAGCUCCCCUCCCCCAGGAUACAUUCCAGAUGAAUUACAUCAGGUUGCCCGCAAUGGGUCAUUCACCAGUAUCAACAGCGAAGGAGAGUUUAUUCCUGAGAGCAUGGACCAAAUGCUGGACCCAUUAUUUUUAAGCAGCCCUGAAAAUUCUGGCUCAGGAAGUUGUCCAUCACUUGAUAGUCCUUUGGAUGGAGAAAGUUAUCCAAAAUCACGAAUGCCAAGGGCACAGAGCUACCCAGAUAAUCAUCAGGAAAUUUCAGACUUUGAUAACCCUAUCUUUGAGAAAUUUGGAAAAGGAGGAACAUAUCCAAGGCGGUAUCAUAUUUCAUAUCACCAUCAAGACUAUAAUGAUGGUCGAAAAACUUUUCCAAGAGCUAGAAGGACGCAGGGGACCAGCUUCCGGUCUCCCGUGAGUUUCAGUCCAACUGAUCACUCCUUAAGCACUAGUAGUGGAAGCAGUAUCUUUACCACAGAAUAUGAUGAUAGUCGAAUAAGAAGGAGGGGAAGUGACAUAGAUAAUCCAACUUUGACUGUAAUGGACAUCAGCCCACCUAGCCGCUCACCUCGUGCUCCAACCAACUGGAGAUUGGGCAAACUGCUUGGCCAGGGAGCCUUUGGCAGGGUCUACCUCUGUUACGAUGUUGAUACAGGAAGAGAGUUGGCUGUUAAGCAAGUUCAAUUUGACCCUGAUAGACCUGAGACCAGCAAGGAAGUAAAUGCACUUGAGUGUGAAAUUCAGUUGUUGAAAAAUUUGCUGCAUGAGCGAAUUGUUCAGUAUUAUGGCUGUUUGAGGGAUCCCCAGGAAAAAACACUUUCCAUAUUUAUGGAAUAUAUGCCAGGGGGCUCAAUUAAGGACCAAUUAAAAUCAUAUGGAGCUCUUACUGAGAAUGUGACUAGGAAAUACACCCGUCAAAUUCUGGAGGGUGUCCAUUAUUUGCACAGUAAUAUGAUUGUUCAUAGAGACAUCAAAGGCGCAAAUAUUCUGCGAGAUUCAACUGGCAACGUCAAACUAGGAGAUUUUGGAGCCAGCAAACGGCUUCAAAGCAUCUGUCUUUCGGGUACAGGAAUGAAGUCAGUCACAGGCACGCCAUACUGGAUGAGCCCUGAAGUCAUUAGUGGGGAAGGGUAUGGCAGAAAAGCUGAUAUCUGGAGUGUGGGCUGUACUGUGGUAGAAAUGCUAACUGAAAAGCCUCCUUGGGCGGAAUAUGAAGCAAUGGCUGCCAUAUUUAAAAUCGCCACUCAGCCAACAAACCCAAAGCUGCCACCUCAUGUCUCAGACUAUACUCGAGAUUUCCUCAAACGGAUCUUUAUAGAGGCCAAACUGAGACCUUCAGCUGAGGAACUCUUAGGGCACAUGUUUGUGCAUUAUCACUAGCAGCCAGUAACCUCUCCUGUGCCUCUGCCUAUCUCCCAUCUAUCCAUUGACCUCUCUGACUGCACUUUUCUUUUUUAUAAAAAAGAGAGAUGGGGGAGAAAAAAAGACAAGAGGGAAUGUGCUUCUCUUGACUCUUGGUUAAAUUUGUUUAAUAACAGUAACCUAAAUUUUUUAUAUUUAAUCUUUUUUCCCCUUACAAGAACUUGAAACUUUUUUUAAUUUAAUUUUUAUAAUGUACUGAUGUGGUUCA